GACCCGCUUUAAAAAGGGCCCACUCCCCCUCCGGGCUUCCACCCGUCCUCUCUCCUCUCUCCCUCCCCAUUUCGCCCGCCCUGGCCCAGCUCCUACCUCUGGCCCCGCCGGGUCCUCUCCGCCCCUCCGCGCCCGGGGUGUCAUUGGACGGGGGAGACGCUAGCCAACUUCAGGCUGCUGGAGGAAGCCCGUGCAGUCACCUGGGUGCAAGAGCGUUGCUGCCUCCUCGGGCGCUCCCGCUACAGGGGAGCGGCAGUCGCUGGCCUGGAUGUGGUUGGAUUUGGGGGGGCUCCGCAGCUGGAGUGUCGUGGCGUUGGCGAGCGCUGCAACAGGUAGACGCCGAGACGGACCCCGGCCGAGGCAGCUAUGGAGACCAAAGGCUACCACAGUCUCCCUGAAGGUCUAGAUAUGGAAAGACGGUGGGGUCAAGUUUCUCAGGCUGUGGAUCAUUCAUCCCUGGGACCUACAGAGAGGACCGAUGAGAACAACUACAUGGAGAUUGUCAAUGUAAGCUGUGUUUCCGGUGCUAUUCCAAACAACAGUACUCAAGGAAGCAGCAAAGAAAAACAUGAACUACUCCCUUGCCUUCAGCAAGACAAUAAUCGGCCUGGGAUUUUAACAUCUGAUAUUAAAACGGAGCUGGAAUCUAAGGAACUUUCAGUAACUGUAGCUGAGUCCAUGGGUUUAUACAUGGAUUCUAUUAGAGAUGCUGAGUACACCUAUGAUCCGCAGAACCAGCAAGGAAGCCUGAGUCCAGCAAAGAUUUAUCAGAAUGUUGAACAGUUGGUGAAAUUUUAUAAAGAAAACGGCCAUUGUCCUUCCACUGCAGGGAUGAACAGGCCCUUGAGAUCGUUCGUGGCUGACUCGGGGAGCUCUGUAAAUGGCGGGGUCAUGCGUGCCAUCGUUAAAAGCCCUCUCCUGUGUCAUGAGAAGAGCCCAUCUGUUUGCAGCCCUCUGAACAUGACAUCUUCAGCGUGCAGCCCCGCUGGACUCAGCUCUGUGUCCUCCACCUCGGCCAGCUUUGGCAGUUUCACAGUGCACAGCCCUAUCACCCAGGGGACCCCCUUGACCUGCUCCCCGAAUAUCGAGACUCGAGGUUCCAGGUCGCACAGCCCAGCGCAUGCUAGCAAUGUGGGCUCUCCUCUCUCAAGUCCAUUAAGUAGCAUGAAAUCCCCAGUUUCCAGCCCUCCAAGUCACUGCAGUGUAAAAUCUCCAGUCUCCAGCCCAAAUGUCACUUUGCGAUCUGCAGUGUCCAGCCCGGCCAAUAUCAACAACUCAAGGUGCUCCGUUUCCAGCCCUUCCAACACGAAUAACAGAUCCACGCUUUCCAGUCCAACUGCUAGCACCGUGGGGUCCAUCUGCAGCCCUGUUAGCAAUGCCUUCAGCUACACUGCUUCAGGCACUCCUCUGGGAUCCAGUGCGGCCCGGGACGUGGUUUCCAGCCCAGACACACACGAGAAAGGUGCUCAUGAGGUCUCCUUUCCCAAGAUAGAGGAAGCAGAGAAUGCCACCUCCAACGGUGUGACGGGCCAGCUGAACAUCGUCCCGUACAUAAAACCAGAGCCAGAUGGAGUUUUUAGCAGCUCAUGUCUAAGAGGAAAUAGCAAGAUGAAUCCCGCUUCCCCAUUCUCAGUACCAAUAAAACAAGAAUCAACCAAGCAUUCGUGUUCAGGCACCUCCUUCAAAGGGAAUCCGACCGUGAACCCAUUUCCAUUCAUGGAUAGCUCCUAUUUUUCUUUUAUGGAUGAUAAAGACUAUUAUUCUCUAUCAGGAAUUUUAGGCCCGCCUGUGCCCGGCUUCGAUGGUAGCUGCGAAGGCAGCGGCUUCCCCGUGGGGAUUAAACAGGAACCAGAUGACGGGAGCUACUACCCAGAGGCCAGCAUCCCGUCCUCUGCCAUUGUUGGUGUGAACUCAGGUGGACAGUCCUUUCACUACAGGAUUGGUGCUCAAGGUACAAUAUCUUUGUCACGAGCGGCUAGAGACCAAUCUUUCCAGCACCUGAGUUCCUUUCCUCCUGUCAAUACCUUGGUGGAGUCGUGGAAAUCCCACAGUGACCUGGCAUCUCGGAGAAGCGAUGGCUAUCCGGUCCUAGAGUACAUUCCAGAAAAUGUAUCAAGUGAUUUAAUGUGGCUGUUCCAAACCUACACACUGCAGACACCAGGGGAGCCAGAAUUCUUACCAGAAAUGCUCAAAUCAUAUGCACACAAAAGAUUGCCUAUACACUCUACGUUACGAAGUGUUUCUACUGGAUCCUCAAGACCUUCCAAGAUAUGUUUGGUGUGUGGAGAUGAGGCUUCAGGCUGCCACUAUGGGGUAGUAACCUGUGGCAGCUGCAAAGUGUUCUUCAAAAGAGCAGUGGAAGGGCAACACAACUAUUUAUGUGCUGGAAGAAAUGAUUGCAUCAUUGAUAAGAUUCGACGGAAGAAUUGUCCUGCCUGCAGACUUCAGAAAUGUCUUCAAGCCGGAAUGAAUUUGGGAGCCCGGAAGUCAAAGAAGUUGGGAAAGUUAAAAGGGAUUCAUGAGGAGCAGUCACAGCAGCAACAGCCCCCGCCACCACCCCCACCGCCCCAGAGCCCUGAGGAAGGGACGACCUACAUCGCCCCCGCAAAAGAGCCCUCUGUCAACACGGCACUGGUCCCUCAGCUCUCCACAAUCUCACGCGCACUCACACCCUCCCCUGGGAUGAUCCUAGAAAGCAUCGAGCCCGAAAUCGUGUAUGCCGGCUACGACGGCUCCAAACCGGACACCGCCGAGAGCCUGCUCUCCACGCUGAACCGCCUCGCGGGCAAGCAGAUGAUUCAAGUCGUGAAGUGGGCAAAGGUAAUUCCAGGAUUUAAAAACUUGCCUCUUGAGGACCAAAUCACCCUCAUCCAGUAUUCCUGGAUGUGUCUAUCCUCGUUCGCCUUGAGCUGGAGGUCGUACAAACACACGAACAGCCAAUUUCUCUAUUUUGCACCAGACCUGGUCUUUAAUGAAGAGAAGAUGCACCAGUCUGCCAUGUAUGAGCUGUGCCAGGGCAUGCACCAGGUCAGCCUGCAGUUCGUCCGACUGCAGCUCACCUUUGAAGAAUACACCCUCAUGAAAGUGUUGCUGCUGUUAAGCACAGUUCCCAAGGAUGGCCUCAAAAGCCAAGCUGCAUUUGAAGAAAUGAGGACAAAUUACAUCAAAGAGCUGAGGAAGAUGGUAACUAAGUGUCCCAACAAUUCUGGGCAGAGUUGGCAGAGGUUCUAUCAACUGACCAAGCUUCUGGACUCCAUGCAUGAUCUGGUGAGUGACUUGUUGGAAUUUUGCUUCUAUACCUUCCGAGAGUCCCAGGCCCUGAAGGUGGAGUUCCCCGCGAUGCUGGUGGAGAUCAUCAGCGACCAGUUGCCGAAGGUGGAAUCCGGGAACGCCAAGCCGCUUUACUUUCACAGGAAGUGACGGACUCAUCGUAGCGGAAGAACUUUGCCUUAAGUUCCCCUGUGUUGUUCCACACCCACGAAAGACCCAAGAAAUCAUAUUUUUAGCAGGUGAUGGUUGAGUCACACUCGUUCAGCAGUUUCUGGAGUUUAAGGUCAUGUUAAGGGUUUGGGGCCGGGUUAGAAGUUAGACGUGGAUUUGGCAAGACCCGAACAGUCUAAACUCUAAAGGACUCUCCCCUCUCCAGUCCCCAGCGCUUAGAAACACGUUCCUCUGGAUGAAAAGCCAUAUCUAGUCAAUAACUCUGAUUUUGAUACUUUAACAGAUGGAAGUUUUAACUAUGCCAUGUAGUUUCUGGUCUCAGCCGCUUGUUUUAAAAGGGUUCAAGGACUAAUGAACUUUUUAAAGCUUACCCUUGGUUUGCACAUAAAACGUAUAGGCUAUAUGGGGCAUUAAUAUUCUUUUGUUAUUUAAAAAAACAACAAAAAAAGAAAAAACCUAUACAGACUCCCAUUGUGUAAUAACAGAGCACGCGGCGUGGGAGAGCGCCCCCCUCUGGCUCGCACUCGCCCAUGUUCCUCCGCAUCACUGGCGUUCCUCCCCCUUCAGCGUCCAUUGGUUAAUUAGAAUGGAUAAGAUGUUAAAAACAAAUGCCUCGGUUUCAAUUUCUAGUAUCUAUUGUGUUGGCUUUACAGAUAAUUUUUUGCAGUCUUUUGCUGUGCUGUACAUUACUGUAUGUAUAAAUUGUGAGGGACUGAGUUAUAUAUGGUAUAAGGAACUUUUGUAAAUGAGAAAAAAAAGAUACAAAAAAAACUUCAAUGGUUAAUAGGAAGAAUGGGAAAGUAUUUUUGAAAGAAUUCUAUUUUGCUGGAGACUAUUUAAGUACUAUCUUUGUCUAAACAAGGUAAAAAUUUCUUUUUGUAAAGUGAGAUGAUGCUCUGCAUGCCUAAUGAACCGUUUACAGUGUAUUUAAGAAAGGGAGAGCUGUGCCUUUUUUAGCUUCACAUCUGAUUUACCAUUUCCCAGUCUGUUGUAAAUAGCCACACUGAGACCUCUUCGGUUGUCCUUAAGCCUUUCUACUUUGUCUGCCUUUGUUUUGUCUUUGGUCUCCCGCCGGGUGCUCGUGGGACGUGAGCAUGUUUUCCGGCAACGGGCUGUGGUGUCCAGAGGGCCUUGAAGGCGUCACCUGAGGACACACGUGGGAGCCGGUCCAGAGCGCGGCUUUAGCACCGCCGCCCCCGUUCCUCAGUCCUCAGGCAGCAGAACCAGCCGCAGGCGAGGAGAGCCCAUGGAAACGCAAGGGCUCAGCGAGCAUAGUCCCAUCCCAUUUUAGAGAAAUGCAUCUUCUCCCGUGGGGAUGAGAAUCCCAUGCACUCGCUACACCUGUGAAAGGUGACAUGUUCACAUCUGGUCUUUGGAAGGGGGCUCGCACUCCUGGCACCGGUCAUGGGAACACGCAGGUUUUGCAGGACACACUGAGAAGAUGCACGCGGGCACGGUCAGAGCAGCGUGGAGACCGCAACAUCAUUAGAGAGUUUUUAGAUUUUUAAAAGGUAGGUUUUAACAAUAAAUUUUAUACAUAAACAGUUUUGGGGGGGAAACUACAGAUCAUAUAAGCAAGACAGUGGCACUAAAAUUUGUAAUUCAUUCAUCUGUUUGGCACUAAUGCAGUUUACGGCUUUUCUCUUGCCCCAAAUCACAAACAUCUCUCUUUGGGGACGCUUAGCAAUAUGAUUGCACUAAAUAAGCUACUUUGAACAGAGGCCAAAUCAAUCUUUAAAAGUGAUGAUAAUCAUCAGGUACUCAGUGAAAUCACAUUAUUUUCCAAAACCUACAAGCGGUAGCUGGAGAGGCCCACGGCCAGGAGAAGGCAGCGUCGGAUCCACACUUUUCUCCAGGGUGCACUGUGCAGGCAGCAUUACCUUGUCUUUCCAAAGACACCGGCCUUAUGCAAGGGGAAGCCUGUGAAAGUGCUCUCGGAGGGAGUUUUUCUUAGUAACUUGCAAUUUCGGGAAUUUAAUUUAUAGGCAGAUCUUUAAAUACAGCCAACUUACUUACCUGCACAGCAAUAUGAACGCCACACUUGGAAGAGGAUAGAUGCACAGCAUGCAGACUGGGAGUUUCUAGAAAAGAAACGGCUUCGGAGAGCAGCUUUCAGCUCAGACUUACUUUUUACGCAGUCAGAAUUUCGACGUAACCAGGUUUGGGAUGGAGGUGGUCUGCAUCGGCUUCUCGUAUGAAUGGUGGUCCUGGCUGUUUGUGUGUCUCCGGGUAACUUUGCUUGGUUCAACAGCAAAGCCAUAUUCUAAAUUCACUGCUGAAUGCCUGUCCCGAUCCAAAUGGUCUGUCUGCUCUUAUUUUUGUACCAUAUUGCUCUUAAGAAUCUCAGUUUGGUACAAUUCAUAAUUCACCAGAACUUCUUCAUAUAAUUAAAAAGAAAACACACUAAAUUAGUUUAAAAUGAAGCAAUUUAUAUCUUUAUGCAAAACCAUAUGUCUGUCUUUGCAAAGGACUGUAAGCAGAUUACAAUAAAUCCUUUACUUUAA